AUGAAGUUUUAUGCAAGUGAAGAAGAUGCAAUGAGUGACUACAACCUCUCCCAAACCGACUGGAGCCAAGAUAAUAAUCUCCAUCUCGACCUUAGCACCAACGAAUCUAAUGACGUAGAAGAAGCGUGGUAUGAAGAUGACUACUCAGUUUCUGAUUUUGGAGAUGAACCACGUGGUGAAGACUUCGAGCCGGAACCACCAGAUUGUAGUCUUGACGGUACCAGCCAAUACAAGUCGUGUGAAGAAACCGUCCCUCAAAACAGUCUAGGAGAGACUAAUCCACUUGAUGAACCAUGGAAUGAAGAUAACUUUGGAGUCGAAUUAAAAUUUGAUGGGGAGGAACCAGCACAACAGUACAUCUCAUUCUCAGGCCAUAGCCAAGGACCAAAAUCCUACAUAAGGUGGGAACAAAACAUGGAUAAUUGGUUCCGAUCUAACCAAGUCCCCGAGGCCGAGAAGACAACUUACGCUGAAGAAACUCUCACCGAGGAUGCGUUUAGGCAUUGGGAAAGGGAAGAUUACAUGAGAAUUGACUUUGAUGAACCAGCCUAUUCUUGGGAAGACAUGAAGAAGAUCAUGAAUGUAGAGUUUGUGAAGGAUGCUGAAGCCAACAAACAAUACUACGUGAAGAUCGAUUCGAACCCCAAGCCAAGGAGAUGGAUUCUAGCAACAAGGUCUUAUCAAAAAGCUAAGCCAAAGAAAGCUUGCUGUCCAGAACCAAAGAGAGUGUAUCCUAACAAUCAAGAGAAGAAGACAGCAACUAAACAAGUGGUACCAUCAAAGGACGUUCAACAAGUUCCAAAAUUAAAAGAUGAAGUACAAAAGAAGAGUUCGAAAUACAACAACUUGUGA